CGGCGCCCUCGGGGAGUAUAUAUCUGCCAUUUCCUGUCAGCAUCAUCAGAUAUUUUCUCUUACCUCCUCAUCCCAACGAUCAGCAUUCAGGUUCUCUCACCCAGUCGCUCUCUACUCUCCAACUUAGUCACUCUUUGAUAUCUCAAGCUCUACAGCUAUUCCCACUGCUUAAUAUACCCUUCCCGCCGAUAACCACAUCGCCAGUCAAAAUGCGUUUCUCCAACUUCGCUCUCGCUGCCUUCUCCUUUGGCUCUGCCAUCGCCGCCCCGGCUGCUCACCAGAACAACGCUCGUGCCCUCGAGAUUCUCGCCACUGCCACCGCCACCGUUGGCACUGUCCAGAAGAAUGUUGACGGUCAACUCCAGUCUAUCAACAACCUAUUGGACGUUAACAUCAGCCUCAACACUUCGGCUCUGAUCCCCCAGCUUGAGAGCCUUCUCCUCGACGUUGCUGGCGAGGUUACCAAGAUUGUUGGUGAUGUCACGCCCCUCAUUACCAACGAUAUCCCGAAGUUGCUCGAUGAUGAGCUCAAGGCUGUCCCUGAGCUCUUGAACGGUGUUCUCGCUAUCGCUACCGGUGUUAAGGCCACUGUUGACCAGAUCACCAAGACCGUCCCUGCUGAUGUCCUGAAGGCUGUUAAGCCCGAACUUCAGCUUGUCCUCUCCACCGUCGAGCCCGUUGCCAAGCCCGUCGUCAGCUUCGCCCUCAAGGUUGUUGCUGGUGUUGUCAGUCCUCUUGCUACUGAGAUCAAUGGUCUUGUUGGUCAGCUCCAGGGUGUCGUUGGUGGCCUUCUUAAGCUCGUCGGUGGCAUCCUCGGCAGCAUCCUAUAAGUGCAUUACACAGCAGUGUAGUGGUAAUUGAUAAUUGAUACCUGUGGAGGAGUAAUUGGGAAAGCAUAUAGGGAUAGGAUAUUUGCAUGCUCAUGAUUAGAUGCUUGGAUACCUUUUGGCAUUUAUAAAACUUAGCGCGCAAGCCAGUAGUAAUCUUCAAUUGAUAGCUUAGAGUUGUCCGUCCCCAUUCAGUUUAUUGUUUUGUGAGAUUACUUUGUUUUUCAUCUGCUGUAGUUGUCUUUGAGAGAUAGUAAUGUUUUCGAGUAAGCCGGGUUUUUAGUGUUGUUUCUCGUUGUUUGGGA